AUGGUGUUCAUAGGUGGGUUAGCUACAGUUGAAACUAGGAAGCGGCUCCUGGAGAGAGAGGAGUUGACAUCAAAAGAGACGUUAGAAGCAGCCGAGGCGCUCGAGAGAGCGCCGAGGAACCCGGAAGUGACGGCACAAAUGCGACGGAUGGAGGAGCAGUACGAUAAAAAACAGGAACUACCAGUCAUUUUUGCGGAACUGCAGUGCGUGGACUUGCGCAAGGAGCAUCAUGGCUAA